AUGAAGCCUUCCACUCAAGCCACCCAAAAAGACACCACUGAAAACAAAGACAAUUGGAUUGUCCACGGUUUCGCAUGGGAUCCACAUUGUAUCAUUUCCUGA